AUGGUGUUAGGAGUGGACUGGAUGAAGAAUAUAAUCCCUGUGAAGUUUGAUUUUAAAAAGAUGACAAUAUCCUUCAUCCAAGGUGGUAAGAAAAUUGAGCUUAAGGGGAUUACAGAAGAAGUCAGAAUUUCUUCCAUGUCAGUAGGAGCUUGUCAGAAGUACCUCAAGAAGAAUAAAAAUAGAAUGGCAGGACAUUUGUUUUCCAUUACAGCCCUAGAGCCUCACCCUCAAACACCAAAGGUUCUAGAACCAAUCCUCACCAAGUAUUCUUCCAUAUUCAAUGAGCCCACUUCAUUACCACCUGAAAGAUCUCAUGAUCAUCAUAUACCCUUGCAGCCAAAUACAACUCCACCUAACCAAAGACCAUACAGGAUUCCAUAUGUGCAGAAGGAAGAUGGAAGCUGGAGGUUUUUUGUUGACUACAGGAAGGAAAAUGAGAUUACUGUUAAAGAUAAGUACCCAAUUCCAGUAAUUGAGGAGUUAUUGGAUGAACUCAAAGGGGCCUUUAUUUUUUCAAAGAUUGAUUUGAGAGCAGGGUACCACCAGAUCAGGGUAUCUCCUGGAGAUACUCAAAAGACUGCCUUCAAGACACAUCAAGGGCAUUAUGAAUUUUUAGUUAUGCCUUUUGGCUUGACAAAUGCCCCAUCUAGCUUCCAAGCAUUAAUGAAUGAGGUGUUUAAGCCUUAUCUGAGGAAAUUCAUACUAGUGUUCUUUGAUGAUAUACUAGUCUACAGCCCAGAUAUGGAAUCACAUAUGAAGCAUCUCCAGCUUACUCUAAAGACACUCCAAAGGAACCAGUUAUUUGCAAAGCUCAGAAAGUGUUCAUUUGGCAAAGAUAAGCUAGAGUAUUUUGGGCAUAUCAUCUCUGGUGAGGGAGUAGCUGAUGACCCCCUCAAGGUAGACUGCAUGACAAGAUGGCCCACUCCUAUAGCCAUCAAAGACUUAAGAGGAUUUUUGGGUCUAACAAGGUAUUAUAGAAGGUUUGUCAAGAAUUAUGGCCUCAUUGCAAAGCCAUUAACAGAUCUUUUAAAAAAGAAUAGCUUCCAUUGGGACAACUCAGCUCAAGUUUCUUUUGAAAAAUUGAAGAAGACUGUCUCAUCCACACCAGUCCUAGUGUUACCAGACUUCAGCAAACAUUUUGAGAUCUCAGUUGAUGCUUGUGACACUGGAGUUGGAGCAGUACUGAUGCAAGAGGGAAGACCCAUAUCAUACUUCAACAAAGGAAUGGGACCCAGGUUCUUGGCCAUGUCCACCUAUGAAAAUGAACUAAUGGCAGUGGUGAUGGAUGUAACUAAGUGGAUAUCUUACUUACUUGGAAACAAAUUCACAAUCUUCACAGACCACCAGAGUAUUAAAUACUUCAUGGAGCUGAGGAUUCAUUCACUACUACAACAAAAAUGCUAUAAAGAAGAUACUCUUGCAGAAGAGUUAAUUCCCAAGUUAACUGUACAAGAUGGAGCAGUAGAAGGUUAUGCUUAUCAGCAAGGGGUGUUGAGGUACAAAGGAAGACUCUAUAUUGGAGAACAUGGAGGAUUAAGGCAGAAAGUCAUUCUCUCCACUCAUUAUUCACCAAUUGGAGGGUAUUCAGGAGCACAAGCCACAUAUCAAAGGGCCAAGUUGUACUUUUUCUCGGUAGAAAUGAAGGAAGGUUAUAUUGGUAGUGGUGGACAGACUCACCAAGUUCAGCCAUUUCAUUCCCUUGAGCCACCCCUACACUGCAGCUUCAGUGGCAAAGAGGCAAUCCAUGAAAAACUACUAAAGGGAGCUUUGGAAGAAGCUCAACAUAGAAUCAAAAGCCAAGAUGAUAAGAAAAGGGCAGAGAGGUCAUUUGCAGUGGGAGAUUGGAUUGAAGCAAAAGUUGGCCAAGUGGCCUACAAGUUGAAGUUACCAGCUGAUUCCAAAAUCCACCCAACCUUUCAUGUACCACAGCUGAAACCCAAGCUAGGGGAGGGGACAUUGCCACAAACAACUCUACCUCAGCUGACUAAAGUAAGAGAGAUAGAGGUAAGACCCUUACAGGUGUUGGAUUCAAGAGUUAUCAAGAAGAAUAACUGCUCAGUCAAGCAAGUAUUGAUUCAGUGGGAAGGAAUGGAUAACUCUGAAGCCACUUGGGAGGACAAGAAAGUCAUAUAG